UCUUUCUUUGAUUUAAUCGGCUAUGUAAUUUGUCAUAGCUUCUUCGAACUUUCUGGUAAGAAAAAAAAAAGUGAUUGGAUCACGGAAGAAUCGCAGACACUGUUGGGCUUCUUCAUCGAACUUGCCAGUUUCCAUUAACCUCUUUUUCUUUAUCUCUCUCUCUAUUCUCAAUCUCUUCAGCGCAGAGAGGAGCACGGAUUCAGUGUAUGACGAGCGCUUCGGAGCUAUUCCACACCAGAAGGCAUCGAUUGGGACGAAAUGCUCUCGAUCUAGGGUUCGACUCAGAACUCCACGCCGCCGAUUCCCUCCGCCGCCACUACAGCGUCCGCCGCCUCCGUCACCAUCCGGAGCGUGCGUCUGACAGAAUUGAUGUGAGGUAUCGCCGCUCUUUCUUGAGUGAAAGCGUUGAUUCUGCUGAAAAUGUAAGAGGUGGUCUUGGAGGGACUGCCACUGAGAGACUACCCGUAGGUGUGGUUCUUGCGCGGGCAAGACUCCUUCAGAGGUUGAGAGGGGAACCUUUAUCUACAAACAGGCAAUAUGGUAGAGAUUCAGUGGGUGAGGAUGGAGCAAGUGAAUCAUCAAAUGAAGUUCCAACUGAGGCCUCUCUAGUUACUGACUUGACUUCACAAAUGGGAAGGUCCCAGUUCUUGCAAGAACUGAACAAAAAGCCUCCUGGACUUUCUCAGGAGGCCUUGGACUGUUUGCAUCAGGAAGUUUUUAGCAGCAGCGAGAUAGGAUCGGAGUCCAGGGUACUGCAAAUUGUGGUAUAUGCCUGGAAUCUUUCACAGAUGGAGAUGAGCUGAUACGUUUGCCAUGUGAACAUAAAUUCCACUCUGUUUGUUUGGAUCCUUGGGUUCGCUGCUGUGGUGACUGUCCAUACUGUCGAAGAUGUAUAGUUGUAAAUACUAACUAACCACAACGAGGAGGGGAAGCUGCUUUCUAGAUUUUUUGUUUCAUUCCGUGGUUGUACCACAGGACAAGAAUGCUGUAAUGCAGCUGGCUUUUGUAACGAUGUUGUGUUUUGUAUUGAAAUUAUCUAGUUUUUUUUAUUUAUUCUUUUUUCAAUUUCACCUCCCGAUCACAAUCAAUGGGUAAGAUAUGGAAUUAUGGAUAGAUGAAUAGGGUAUUGUAAUACGUGUUUUAAUGUUCUUAUACUUCGUGAAUAGUAAUUUUAAUAUCUGCAUUCUUACCUGGAAAAUUAAAGCAUUCAUUUGUAUCAAUAUUCAUUUAUUACAUUUUAGUUAA